CUCACCGGAGCUGCACGCGCCCUCAGGAGGAGCCGCGCGGACCGGACAUUUUAAUCCAUAAUCAAUAAAAAGUUCAGUCGCAGACAGUGAUCAGCUUCCGGUUUAUUCCCGCAGGUUCUGUGCUGUUCACGGACCCGGUUUAUUGAUCUGAACCUGGAGGACCCGGAUCAGAGGGAGCGCGAGCAUGUCCCGGGCCGAGGAGCGCGAGGAGGCCGAUUGUGUGUGUUCCGUCGGGAUGAAGUUCACGUGGGACAUCAACGACCCCAAACUGCCGCAGGACACAAAGCAGUUCGACCCGUUCCAGGAGUGGACAGACGGUUAUGUUCGGUACAUCUACAGCGCUGAAGAUAAGAACGCUCAGAGACAUCUCUCUGGCUGGGCGAUGAGAAACACCAACAACCACAACUGUCAGAUCCUGAAGAAGUCCUGUUUGGGUGUGGUGGUCUGUUCACGAGGCUGCACGCUGCCCGACGGGUCCCGGCUGCAGCUGCGCCCCGCCAUCUGUGACAAGGCCCGGCAGAAACAGCAGAAGAAGCUGUGUCCGAGCUGUAACGCUGCUCUGGAGCUACUGCCAUGUCGCGGCCACAGCGGUUACCCCGUCACCAACUUCUGGAGAGUCGAUGGAAAGGCCAUCUUCUUCCAGGCUAAAGGGGUCCAUGAUCAUCCCAGACCAGAGUCCAAGUCUGAGACUGAAGCCAGAAGAAGUUCAGUGAAGAGACGAGUCAGCUCCCCGCCGUUCACGCCCAAAAGACGGCUCAUUGAAACACAGGCUCUGGGCCCCGCCCUCCUCUCCUGCGUCGAUCCAUCAGACAGAAUCUCCUUCAUCGAGCCGAAUUUCCCACAGCAUUACCCAGCGUUUCAGAGCCCAGAGCCCUACUACAACCCCCACAAUGCACUAGGAGAGGCCCCACCCACACUGCAGAAACCAGCCAAUCCCAGGCUUUACAUGGGCCGGCCCUCUUACGAGUUCCAAGGAUACCUGACCUCGCCUUCGUAUCCCAUGACGUCUGACCUCUGUGACCCCAGGGUGGCUCCAGUCCUGGGUUCCUCCUCUUCCUCCACGUCAUCAUCGGCUCCCCUCUCCUCCUCCUCCUCCUCCUCCUUCGACCCCCAGGCGAAGCCAUCUGCAGGCUGGAAGGAGCUGCUGAAGAGCUCCGCCCCCUAUGGUGACAACCACCAUUACUACAGCGCAGAGUACCCCUGCCGUUACCCCAGCAACGCCCCAGGGUCCCCCGCAGCACUGCAGACCAUCAUCACCACCACAACCAAGGUCUCCUACCAGCCCUGUCCGAAGCCUCCUGCAGCGCUCCCUUCCUACCAAUCAUGUCCUAAACCUCCUGCCGGCCUCCCGUCCUACCAGUCCUGUGCUCCCCCGAAACCUCCAGGCCUCCCUGGCUGCUCCUCUCUGCUGGAUGACGCCUCUUCCUCUUCCUAUUCCACCGAGGUGAAGGUGACGGAGGAGUCGGGUGGAGUCAUCAAGUCUCUGUCGUUUCAGCCCGAACCUCUGCAGACCAAAACAGAGCGGGCCGAUGGCUAUGACUACCGUUACGCCUACCCCAACACGUACCGCUACGAUGACUACUGAGGCAGCACUACCUCCACCGCAGCUACCACGACUGCUGUUACUACCACUGCACCCACCCAACACGUGGUGCCAUGAUGACUACUGAUACUACAACUGUCACUAUGAGGAAAAACUACUGCUACAGCUUAAACACAAACUAUCUGUCCACAGACUGUGUGAAACAAAACCCAGUGAACGACCUGCUGAACGACAUCUGCCACUGCAUGGAUCAGGAGCGGACAGGAUGUGGAUUAUCAGGACGAAACUCUGACCGAACCAAAAUUUUGGUCCAUGAGAAACUUUCUGGAGACGCUCAUGGAAUACUGUCAUGUUCCCAGAGGCAGAUCCUUCUCCAGCUUCCCUCGACCGACUCUUUCAGGACAAGAAGUGAAAACACUGGAGUGAAAUGUGCGUCAGACACCAGGAUUCUGUUUGGUCAAAAAGCCUCAACACAAGACCCAACUCAGACCCGGUGCUUCUGGACCUCUCAGCCACAUCUCAUGGCCUUCUUCAGCAAACUGAGCUGCAGCCAUCAAUUCAUGGAUUUGAUUGUUGUGACAUCACCUGAUGGUUGUUUUUGUGGUGGAGAUUGUUUCUGCAGGUAUACGUUAUCAUGUGGGGGAGGUGUGUUACAUCCUUCAGAGUCCCCAGAAGUGAGGUGUGUCACAUCCUUCAGAGUCCCCAGAAGUGAGGUGUGUCACAUCCUGUAGAGUCCCCAGAAGUGAGGUGUGUCACAUCCUUCAGCGUCCCUAGAAGUGAGGUGUGUCACAUCCUUCAGAGUCCCCAGAAGUGAGGUGUGUCACAUCCUGUAGAGUCCCCAGAAGUGAGGUGUGUCACAUCCUUCAGCGUCCCUAGAAGUGAGGUGUGUCACAUCCUUCAGAGUCCCCAGAAGUGAGGUGUGUCACAUCCUGUAGAGUCCCCAGAAGUGAGGUGUGUCACAUCCUUCAGCGUCCCUAGAAGUGAGGUGUGUCACAUCCUUCAGAGUCCCCAGAAGUGAGGUGUGUCACAUCCUGUAGAGUCCCCAGAAGUGAGGUGUGUCACAUCCUUCAGCGUCCCUAGAAGUGAGGUGUGUCACAUCCUUCAGAGUCCCCAGAAGUGAGGUGUGUCACAUCCUGUAGAGUCCCCAAAAGUGAGGUGUGUCACAUCCUUCAGAGUCCCCAGAAGUGAGGUGUGUUACAUCCUUCAACGUUCCUAGAAGUGAGGUGUGUCACAUCCUGUAGAGUCCCCAGAAGUGAGGUGUGUCACAUCCUUCAGAGUCCCCAGAAGUGAGGUGUGUUACAUCCUUCAGCGUCCCUAGAAGUGAGGUGUGUCACAUCCUUUAGCGUCCCCAGGACUGAGGCACAUGUGAUAACAAAUUUAACCUCGUCUAAUUAACUGAGCGGCUGGUUGUGACAGAUGUGGCUGAGAGCUUCAACACACGACAACAAGGAGACUUUCUUCUGUCAAGUUUUCUGAGUCAAAUAUGAACCUUCAAACUCAGGAUUCAGUUAUUGUGACAUCACUUUAAACCAUAAAAGACCCCAGAAGAACCAGAAUCCUCCUGGUUUCUGAUGAAUUUGAAUAUCAAAUAUUAGACCUUCACCAAAGACUUUUUAAUGUCACAGCAGUCUGAGUGUAAUGAAGCUGUGGAAGUUGUCUUCAUGAGUGUUUGGGUUAUUUAUUGAGUCCGUCAGUAAACCUGUGAGCACGCUGAACUGUGUCUGAAUGAAAGAACAAACUGAAUGAACCAGUUGUUGACUGAAGAGAUCUGUGAGAUGUAAAACUGUUUCUGUCUGAACUGAAGUCUCACAUUAAACCAACUAUUGUACAGAC